AUGGGAGACGUGUCCUUCGAUGCCGUGGUGACCGCUCCGGCUGUGACCGAGGACGAUAGCCCAGAUGCCGAAAGGAUCAAAGGCAUCUUUCGUCGCUAUGACCUGAACCGGGAUGGCUCCAUCAGUCGAACGGAGCUCUCGCAAGUGCUGCGGGCACUCUGUCCCUCGAUUUCGGAGGACGAGGUCAGCAGCUUGUUCAUCAAGAUGGACACCAACAAAGAUCAGAGGAUUCAAAUUGAAGAGUUCGUAGACUUUAUCUUCAGCUUUGCCGACAUGUCUGAUCGCGCUGAGAUGGCAUUGCGGGAAAAGGGUGGGGAGCUGCGAGAGGGUGAGGUGGACCAAACUGCGGAGCGCUACAGGCCGCAAGUUGAUGCCGGAUUGGACAUCGCAGACUGCGACUUCAAUCUGAAAGGCGAGGAGCCGGACUUGCCGGCAGUGGUGCGCGGCCUUCAGUUGCUGCACGCCCAAGCACUGCGCGAGGUUUUCCAGAAAGCCGACGUGAACAAGCGUGGAUUCCUGCGGUUGGCAGAUAUCAGGCGCAUUCUGUUCCCCGACUCCUCGGACUCGUUGAACAACGGCCUGGCAGUAGUGAAAGUCUUCGCCCAGAUGGAUAAAAACAGCGACGGCAAGAUUCACUGUGGGGAAUUUGUGUCCUACAUCAUGAACACGAAGCGCCGUCUUUCUAACACGGCAUCAAGCGCCGAGAAGCGCCAGAUUGCCACGGCCUUCUCGGCUGCAGAUGCUGACGCCAAUGGCAGCAUCAGCAUGGAGGAGUUUGAGCAUCUGUUCGGUGCUAACACAGCGACCGACCAGCAGAUGCUGCAGAAGGCUUUUGAUGCCGUGGACAAGAACAAGGAUGGUACCGUCUCCGUGGCUGAGCUCGCAAAGGUGUAUGGCAAGGAGCUGGUGCAGGAGGCCAAAGGACUUGACGUCUCCGGCAGCAUGGAUGCAGGUAACGACGAAAGCGAGGAGGAUUCCUGA